AUGUCCCAAGCUGUGGGCAAUACAGCGCUUGCAUACGCUCGAGUAUGGCAUCAAGUCGACGCGACAGACCGCAUUCUGGGAAAACUCGCAGAGCGUAUUGCGCUGGUGCUCAUGGGCAAACAUAAGCCCAUAUACAACCCUAGUGUCGACUGUGGGGACUAUGUCAUUGUCACCCACUGUAAAAGGAUACGGGUUUCAGGAAGAAAGGAACAAGAGAUCUUAUAUCGCAAACAUACGAUGUUUCCGGGAGGACUUCAAGAGACUCCCUACAGAGAUAUGAUGGUAAAGAAACCAGAGGAGAUCAUCCGACAAGCUGUAUCUGGUAUGUUACCAAAAAAUAAACUGAGGGAUAGGAGAAUGGAGCGACUGCGAAUAUUUCCUGGCGAGCACUCCGGGAUUUUGAAUGCCAAUGUCAUGCGUAGUUGGCAAGAUGGUACGCUACCGCAGGAUUGGAAUCCAACAGAGCUCGUUGCGCAGGUCCCACGUAUAUUACCCGCGAAGUAUCGUGACAGGCCUCAGCACACGCUAUGA